AUGGAGCUGAUUGGAUCCACACAGACGGCCACAUACAUACGGCCCAAGACCAGUAACUUCCUGCCAGCCAUCUCCACAAUGGCAUCCAGCUACAGAAACUUCCAGCCUGCCCUGACCACCAGUCAGAAUGCCAACCUGCCCUGGAGGACAAAUACCUAUUACAGGAGUGGAAGUGUUAUACCCUCAAUAAUGUCCACUGCACAAAGGGACAACUUAGAACUGAGUCGAGCCAAGACUAUGUUCUACCCAUCUAACAGAACAGCACUGAGCACCCGCUACAUGCCAGAUGACUGGCACAAGUCCAAUCAGAGCAACUUCCGUGAGUCCGAGUCAUCCAGGAACAGUGCAGAGAGGUUGCGUAGAGACACAAUCCGAUUGAUCCAGGACCGGGAGCAGUUGACGCGCAGAACACAGGAGAACACCAGCAGGAACCUGGGAGAGAGGCUCAAUGACAUCAGUUUUUGGAGGGCUGAGCUGCACCACGAGAUUGAUAACAUGGUCACGGAGAUUGCAACACUAACUGAGGUGAAGAGGAGACUGGAGAGAGCCCUCGCUGAGACCGAGGGACCACUACAGGUGUCUCAAGAAUGUUUGUUUCAUCGAGAGAAAAGGAUGGCCAUUGAUCUGGUGCAUGAUGAUGUAGAAAAAGACCUGAUUAAGGAGGUGGAGGUGAUAAAGUCAUGUCAGGAGAGAAUGCGGAGAAACCUGGACAAAGCCGUCGCACAACUGGCGUCAAAUCGAGCAGCACAGCAUGAGCUGGAAAGAGAUUUGAGUGAUAAAGUGACAGCACAGCGCAUAGAUGACAGGUGUCAUCAAAUGCGAAACACAACAGACGGUAUCAGCUACUACAGAGGCAUAGAGCGAAUGGAGCCCUCCCUGAGUCUGCCUGAUUCCUGGUCAAAGUUCACCGACGACAACGUCCUGCACUCUCAGAGCGAGCGUUUGGUGUCGCACAAGCUCCGUGAUGAGAUUGAGGUGCUGCUCAACACCACCUCCAAUGAGAUGUGGAACCAGUUCAACACCGUCAACGUUGCCUUUACCAACCGCAUUUCUGAGACUGCCGAAGCCAAAAACAGUCUGCAGACCCACUUGGCCAAGACCCUUCAGGAGAUCUUCCAGACUGAGAUGCUCAUUGAAGCCCUGAAAAAGGCACUUCGAGAUAAGGAGAACCCUCUUAAAGUAGCCCAGACACGCCUGGAAGAGAGAACCCGCCGACCCAACAUCGAACUCUGCAGAGACAAUCCAUAUCAUAGGUUGGUUAGUGAGGUGAGAGAGAUCGAAGACACGAUUCACAAGCUGAGAGAGAGACUGAUGGAGGCAGAAAACACCCUGCAAAACCUGGUGAAGACUAAAGUAACUUUGGAGCAUGACAUCUCUGUCAAGGCUAACUCCCUGUUCCUGGAUCAGGAGCGGUGCAUGAGCAUGAGAAAGACCUUCCCCAGUACCCCACGUCUGGUGGGCUAUACUUAG